AUGGUGCACAUACUGAAGCGCAUGCGCAAGCUACGCGAGGCAACACGUACAUGUGGACCAGGCGCGCUCAUACUGCCCAAAGAGGUGUCGAAGAUUAGUAUGGAAUUCAACACAAAACUCUACGGAGGACAUAGAGGGGCAAGGAAAUUCUGGCGCAAUAUGCUGCCCCGGAUGAAAUACCGUAAUCCAUCCAUCCCAAUGGAAGUCGCGCGACACAACGACCCCGAUGGUCCCUCGCUCCUACACAUCUUCACAGCAACCAAAACACAGCCAUCGGCUGGCUCUACCAACUCUCCUACAACACAACAAUCAGACGCUUCACCACCGUCCGCCACACCAAACCAACGAAAUACGCUUGUACCCGAGACCUCGAAACCCACGUUUUCGAUUGACAUGAGGGACCAGUCCGAAAGCGAGAUAUUGGAGGCACUGGUGGAGAAGAUAGGCGCAGUGGAAAUUAAGGCAACGGAGGAGGAGCUCGCUGAGAUGAAGGAGAUUGAGGAGUUCAAGGAGAGGUCGGAGGCGGAUAGAGUGCUGGUCAGGGAGAAGUUGCUGAAGGAGCGGAGAGAGGCUGAGCUGCUCAAGUUGGCGAGGGGUGAGGCACCGGCUGCGAACUAA